UUUACGCUAAUAUAACUUACAACACAUCAUAUACAUUAGCGAUGGAAGGAAACAGUGUCAAUAACAUCAGACGUCUAAUAAUAUUGCUGAUUGAAGUACAUAUAUUCAGUACCAUACAUGUUGUUUACUGCAAUGAUAUAAGAUGUAAUUCAUAUACAGUGAAUGGGGGAUCUACUCUACUUAUUGAUGUAAAUUCAUCAGAGUGGUUAUAUAAUCUCCAGUCAUCGAGUUACACGUUUGCCAGGAUUGAAAUCACUCCCGACACAUCGGACAGUUUACAUCAAUCAUUGGAAGUGGCAUUAUCCCCAGAACGCCACAGUCAGUAUGAGAAUCUAUCAAUAGGCUAUAAUUCACAAACUUCAAAUUUAAUAAUUUCAGGACAGGCGUCAUCUUCCGUAUACAGUCACAUAUUACAACGUGUACGGUACAACAAUACAGCUGACCAGCCUAGUUUAACGACAAGAAGGAUUGUGAUAUGUUUAUAUAGUGGCCAACACUCAGCGGAGCAGUAUGUGUGUAAUCUGACUAUUAAUGCAAAUAAGGUUAUGUCUACAGCAAUACCAUUGGAGGACAUAUCGAAUGCAACAUUGAAUAAUAACUGCCUCUUAUUCUCUCGUAAAAAUAUCUCUGUAUCUGUCAUAGAAGAAUCACCGAUAGGAACCGAAAUCCUCUCGAUGCGAACUGAUGAUCCCGACUCACACAACAAUAAGAUCCAGUAUAUCCUGCAAUAUUCCAGCAACUCAGACCUUUUUGACGUCGGAUUCACAACAGGUGUAGUAAAAACCGCCGCCAUUUUGGAUAGAGAAGAAAAUGCUGCGUACGACAUUACUGUGAUAGCAAAUGAUGCUGAGCGGGAAUGUACAUCGAUAACCAAUGUCCGUAUUGUAUUACUUGAUAUCAAUGAUAACUCUCCAUAUUUUGAAAAUAGGCAAUACAUGGUAUCGUUCGGCGAAGAUUUUACACCAAGUUCAACUGUUAUUCAAAUAACAGCAACGGAUUUGGAUAUUGGAGAAAAUGGAUCAGUGUCAUACUAUAUGGAGCCGAAUAAUUAUUUUGGCAUCGACUCAACAUCUGGGGUUGUUUCUUUAUUAUCAGCGGUUGAUUUCGACACUUUAACAAGUAACCCAUUAAAGUUCAAUAUAUACGCAAAGGAUCAUGGGAGUAUAUCAAGAAAGUCUGUUGUGAAAUUUGUUGCCCUGGUUUCUGACGUCAAUGACAACGCUCCAACAUUUGCCAUGGACAAACACACGAUUACAAUCGAUUCUGAGUUUCCAAAACUCCAACCGUUAUGCAGAUUGAACGUAACCGACUUAGAUAGCGGUCAUAACGCUAUUGUCCACUUACGUUUGAGAAACGAUUACAACAUAUUCGGCAUAUCGUAUGAAAACGCCCUAAUUUUGACACAAGAUUCUGUUCUUGCCCUGGACCAAUCAGCGAUAUUCAGACUAGAAAUUGUUGCAGAGGAUAACGGGAAACCCCCGCUCUCUACAAUUGGUGUGUUCACUGUGAUUAUAGAAACAAACUCAUCUAACAAUUGCACGGUGGGUGACGACAUUGCCACGGGGACAUAUAACUUUUUAGAGGGUCAACACAAGCUAGCGUUAAAUGUUGACAUGCGCUACCCAGAUCACGUGGAUUCAGCAACAGUGAGCAUUGUACCGUGUCGAGGCUAUGGCGUCAUUCAUGAUUAUAUAAUUGAUGGUGGGGAAAGUGCAAUUUGUUCAAGCGAAAUAGAUAAACUGGGAAAGGUUGCUACUUGCGGAUUUACAUCUCCAAUUCUGGUUUCUGACAAGAAUCGGGUAUCAGUGAGCGACGUUUCCAUAAAGUCCAUCGAUGGUAGAGACAGAUUGACGUUCAAUGGCGUCAAUCAAUACGCCAUUUACAAAGGUGACGUCCCGAGAUUGCCAUCUCACAAACAUUCGUCGUUGGUGGCGUUCUUGUGGUUCACGCCUAGAACAUCGAAUCCACAGGAAAACGAAACCAGUACGCUAUUCUCCAAAAUUUCAUUCACUGCAAGUCUUCUUUAUAGUUUGCAAAUUGGCUACAACCAAACGUUAUGUUUUCAUUACAGAACACAGUCCGGGUUGAAAAGGGUUGUUUUUGGAAAAAUCGGUCUGAAUUUUGAAAAGCCAAAUCAGUUAACUUUUAUUUUGAAUCGUGGUAGCAAUUUUUCAGUGGAAAUAUACAUAAAUAGGCGAUAUCAUGGUGUACAAGUGAUCGAACAGCCAUUAAUUCAAAAUGUCAACGGGUUCUUCUAUAUGGCAGCAACACCUACCACUGAUAUGAAGAGUUACUUCAAGGGUAGUAUUGACACUUUGAUUCUGAGUGAAGGACCACUAAUUUCAGAGCAUCUUAGAUGCGUGUUAGCGUGCAGGGAUUGGCUGCGCGUAGAUCACAUGACAACUGGCGAGAUUGACGUAACAUUCAAUCAAGUCACUGGCGAUCUAAGUCUUACGGGCGCUGGCAGCGAUGGUCUGUACAGAGAUAUAUUACAUUCACUUGUUUAUAUAAAUGUAGAUACGAUGAUUCCAUUUAGGUGCCGGGAAAUUAGUACCACUAUUACAUCCCAUAAUAUAUCCCAACAAAACUUGGUGAGAAUUGAGUUUUUACUGAUGAACGACUUUGUUCCAGUGUUGCUAGUGAAUGGUCAUGAGCGGGCGCUGUUUACUGCUACGCAUUACAAUAAAUAUGACAAUGUGUACGUGGUGAAUACCACAGGAAUGACAUUAACGGAUGAAGAUGGUGGAGUUUGGCCAUACACUUUAGAAGUUACAAUGGAAACAGAACGUGAUCCGCAUGAAUUUUUAAAUGAGUCGAGGCCUGUGAUUGGCUAUUUAUGCAUACGCAAUCUAUCAGCUGAAUUUCGUGAGAGUUACACGGGCGACGGGAAGUACAGUUUGUCUGGGUUGGUGCGAAUCGACGCAUUGCAAAAUGAAUUACAUAAACUUGUAUUUAUUACCGACGUCAUAGAUGUCAGGAUAAUUUUCAAAUUCGUGAUCGUUGAUGGCGUACACACAAGUUCUCCAGUUUACAGCGUCUUUGAAAUAUCAUCGGAAAACAUCAUUCAAAUUCAAACACUCACCGAAACUAAUUACCCAGCUGUCAAGUUGAACGUUUCCUCCAUUAAUUUGUUUACAUUAUUUUUAGAUAUUGACUCCAUGACGUCAUUAGAAUUAUUUAUUCGGGAAAGAUUCGACGGAACCAGAGAGUUUCUCAUUUGUAACAAUGAGACUAUUUGUUCGGACAAUAACACGUCAUCUUUAUUGAUGAAAAAACGAGAUGGAAAAACUAUGAAUACACUCGAAAUACUGAACGCGAUCAAUAAUGUACGUUACUUCAAUUACAAAAUGAAAAAUAUUUAUAAAUACCAACCAAACUUGAAAACAAGACGAAUUGAUGUGCGUUACCAUGGUAAUGCAAACGGAGAAAAGCAAACACGCACUGCGACUAUUCUUAUUAAUCUGGAGGCCACCUGUAAAGGAGAUAUCAGCAUCAGAAGUAACAACGCCCUCACCGAUGCUGGAAUCUGUAGCCAAAUACUGUCGAGUGGCGGCCUAGAGGUCACGUGUGAUGGACACCCAGCAAGUUGUGACGUCAUGUCAUUAAAAUCGCUUGCAAAUAUUCAGGUAUUGUGUUUGAUUCCAUGA